AGCAACAGCAAAACUUGGUCAUGUGAGAAUACUAAUGGAUCCCCUAGACAGAGCUCAAGUUCUCCUCCUAUGUGACCUGUGUCAAAGAGCAGCACUACAGAGUCAUUGUGAACUUUGUCAGAUUAACCUGUGUAAGGCCUGUGUAGGGGAGCAUCUCUCUGAUUCAUCCCAAAGACAUAAUGUUGUACCAUACAAGCACAGAAAAUCUGCUCUUCAUAAUUAUCCAAAAUGUCCAAACCAUACCAAAAACCAAUGUGUAUCUUACUGUGAGAAAUGUGACAUUCCUGUCUGUUCUAUCUGUAUCUUCUCUAAUAAACAUAACGGGCAUAAAUUUACAGAUGUUAUGAAAAAAUUAUGUUCGAAAACAAAGCAUUUGGAAAAAGACUUGGAAGAACUAGAGAAAAAAAUUUAUCCUACAUACAAAGAGAUAUCUUUAGAUAUAAACUCUGAAAAAGUAAACUCUGAAAAACAUUAUGAGAAAUUGAUAACAGCUGUCACAAAACAAGGAGAAGAAUGGCACAGAGAAAUUAACAUCAUUGUCAGCAAACAGAAAUCUGAAAUUGAUGAGAUGAAAACUAAACACCUGGCUGUUCUAAAUAAACAGGAAAGAGAAAUCAAACAGAUUAUUACUGAAGUAAAACAGAGCAUACUUGAUCUGAAGAAAAUACUUGACUCCAAUGAUGUCUCCCUAACCUCUGCUUACAAAUCCAGGAAUGCUAAAUUCAGAAGUUUACCUCCUAAAGUCAAUGUUUCAUUACCAAGAUUCACUCCUCAUCAAGUCAACAUAGAACAGCUCCAUCAAAUGUUUGGUUCUCUGUCAGCAUUAUCCAUUACAACAGAAGAACAUGACUUCCCAAUGAAGACACCAGAAGCUGUACCCUGUCCUCCAGUCAAACCACUGCUUAAUAAACUUGAAUUCAUCACCAUCAUAGAGACUGCUUGUGAUGCACUAUACAGUGUCACCUGUCUCAGUGAUGAAGAAAUCUGGACAUGUGGGAAUGACAAAAUUAUGAAACUCUACAACCUCCAAGGUAAACUGCUGAAAUCAAUCCAAAACAAUUCAGGGAAUAUACCACAUGACAUGGCAGUGACAAGGAGUGGAGAUCUAGUUUAUACUGACCCUUAUACAAGAACUGUAAACAUAGUGAAGGAUAAAAAGAUACAAGAAGUGAUCAGACUGCAGGGGUGGAAACCUAUCAAUAUUUGUAGUACCUCCUCUGGUGACCUCCUGGUUACCAUGGACAGUGAUGAUAAACAAUCAAAAGUUGUCCGUUAUUCUGGCUCUAAGGAAAUGCAGACCAUCCAGUUUAAUGGUGAAGGUAAACCUCUUUAUUCAUCUGGUUAUAUAAAAUGCAUCAGUGAGAACAAUCCUAUCUGUGUGGCUGACAAUGGAGGCAAUGCAGUAGUGGUGGUUAAUCAGGCAGGAAAACUCCGAUUUAGAUACACCGGUCAUCCCUCUAAUACCAAGGGAUCAUUUGAUCCAGUUGGCAUCACAACAGACAGCCAGAGUCAGAUCCUGACAACAGACAGUAAGAACUACUGUAUCCACAUAAUAGAUCAGGAUGGACAGUUCCUCCGUUUUAUUAAUAACUGUGGUCUAUUGGGUCCAGUGAGUUUAUGUGUGGACACCAAAGACAACCUCUUUCUUUUUCCUUCCUAUUGUAAGAGGACUAUAAUGGACCCCCGUUACAGUGCCCAAGACAUCCUCCUCUGUGACCUGUGUCAAAGAGUUCCAUUACAAAGUCAUUGUGAACUUUGUCAGAUUAACCUGUGCAAGGCCUGUGUAGGGGAGCAUCUCUCUGAUUCAUCCAAAAGACAUAAGGUUGUACCAUACAAGCAUAGAACUUCACUUCCCAAAUACCCAGAAUGUCCAAACCAUUUAGAGAGACAUUGUGAACUUUUUUGUGAGGAAUGUGACAUUCCUGUCUGUUCUACCUGCAUCUCCUCUGAUAAACACCAUGGGCAUAAAUUUACAGAUAUUCUGAAAAAACUAAGUUCUAAAACAAAAGAUUUAGAAAAAGACUUGGAAGAACUAGAGAAGAGAAUCCUUCCCACAUACACAGAAAUAACAUUUGAUUUAAAUAGUGAGAAAGUAAACUUUGAAAAACAUUAUGAUAAACUGACAACAGCUGUCACCAAACAAGAAGAAGACUGGCACAGCGAAAUAAAUAUCAUUGUCAACCAACGAAAAUUGGAAAUUGAUGAGAUGAAAGCUAAACACCUGGCUGCACAAAAUAAUCAGGAAAAAGAAAUUAAACAGAUUAUAUCUGAAGUAAAACAGAGUAUACUUGAUCUGAAGAAUAUACUGGUCUCCAAUGAUGUCUCUCUCACCUCUGCUUAUAAAUCCAGGAACGCGGAAUACAAAAAUUUACCUCCCAAAGUGAAUGUUUCAUUACCAAGUUUCUCUCCUCUUCAGAUCAACAUAGAAGAGCUUCAUCAAAUGUUUGGUUCUCUGUCAGCAUUAUCCAUUACAACAGAGGAACAUGGCUACACAAUAAAGGUACAAGAAGCUGUAUCUUGCCCUCCAGUGAAACCACUGCUUGAUGAAACAGAAAUAAUUUCCACCAUAGACACUGGUUAUGAAUAUCUAUACAGCGUUACUUGUCUCAGUGAUGAAGAAAUCUGGACAUAUGGCGAUGACGAAAUCAUAAAACUCUACAACCUCCAGGAUAAACUACUGAAGUCAAUCCAAACCAAGUCAGGGGAAAUACCAGAGGACAUAUCAGUGACAAGGAGUGGAGAUCUAGUUUACACUGACACUGAUACAAGAACUGUAAACAUAUUGAAGAAUAAACAGAUACAGGAAGUGAUCAGACUAAAGGGCUGGAAACCUUCCUAUGUCUGCAAAACCUUCUUUGAUGACUUCCUGGUUACCAUGGACAGUGAUGAUAAACAAUCAAAAGUUGUUCGUUACUCUGGCUCCACAGAAAAACAAACAAUUCAGUUUGAUAAUGAAGGUAAACCUCUUUAUUCAUCAGGUAACUUUAAAUACAUCAGUGAGAAUAGAAACCUGGAUAUCUGUGUGGCUGACUUUUUAGCCCGUGAAGUAGUGGUUGUUAAUCAUGCAGGAAAACUCCGAUUUAGAUACACUGGUCAUCCUUCUAUCAAGGAAUCCUUUCAUCCAGUCGGCAUCACAACAGACAGCCAGAGUCAAAUCCUGACAACAGACUAUAGGAACUCCUUUAUCCACAUCCUAGAUCAGGAUGGACUAUUUCUCCGUUACAUUAAUAAAUGUGAUCUACAGAGUCCAUGGGGUUUAUGUGUGGACACCAGAGACAACCUCUUUGUGGCUGAGAUUCACAGUGGCAAAGUGAAGAAAAUCAAAUAUAUGUAAAUUCCUCUUUUACAUUGAAAGUUUUGCGACCGAUUUUGCAAGAUGAAAGGAAAAAAAAAAACAAAAAAAAUUGAAUUA